CGACUGGUCGAUCAUCUUGCCUGCCCUGUUCCUGCCCUUGCCUUGUCCUGCCGUGUCCGUCCUGCGUUGGCACUACCUGACUACCUACACUAGGUACCUACCUAGGUACCCUGGGCACCUGCCACGCCUGUGUGCAUUGCGCCGCCGCCGCCGCUGCUGCUGCAUGCUCUGCUCGGCUCUGGCAGCAGCUGGCCCACCGGGAGGAAGUACAGAUUAGUUCUGCCUUUCUGCCUUUCACUUUUGGACGCUGGCGCUCGCACCACCUAGUCUACCUACCUGCCAGCCUGCCAACCUAGGUAUCCGACUACCUGCUUGUGCAUCUAUCUGCGCUUGCAAGUCGGUUGAGCCGCUGUCGCACCGUAGACCUCACCACUCCCGUCCACAGCCAGCCCUUUUCAUUCACCUUCAAACUCGACCCUGCCUUCACCACGCCCGCCAACCCCGACCUCCGAACCUUGACCUCCCCCGUCAUCUGCGACCGAGCGACAACCACAACGUCUGAUUGACAGCAUUACGAGUCGAGUCAACUCUCCCGCCCUUGGCCGGGGCCGAUCGCAUGUAGGUCACAAAUCCACCAUGUCGACCGAAGCGACCGGCGCUGCGGCGCCUGGCACCCACAAUCCAAACCUCAACCCAGACGGCACCCGCCCUCUGGCUGGCCAUGACCACGACGAUUCCACCAUCGCCGUCGUCAAUCCCACCGCCGACACAAAGUCCCCCAAGCCCACCGGCCUGCACUCGCCCCCGGACUCAAACAAUGUCGACGCCACCGACUCCGAAUUGAGCGACCUCGACGAAGCAAUUGCCGACGCCGAUUCGCCACCACCCAUAGAUGCGACUCCGCGGCUGACCGCUUCCAAGACUGCCUCCGACGAUGCACCAGCCUCCGGUGCUGGCCCGGGGCCAGCACAGCCUGAACAGGUCCCAACUCCAGAACAGGACGACGAGGACAUUGGCGAGGUGUUCCCCGACCACUGGUCUGGCACCGUCCCUGUCUUCAAGCCCAACAUGGACCAGUUCAAAGACUUCAAGAAAUUCAUGAAAGCCGUCGAUUCCUACGGUAUGAAGUCCGGCAUCAUCAAGAUCAUACCUCCAGACGAGUGGAAGAACUCGCUCCCAGACCUCAGCGAGCUUGUCAAGCCAGUCCGAGUUAGAGAGCCCAUCAAGCAGGAUAUAAUGGGAUCCAACGGUACCUACCGCCAGGUCAACAUCCUCCACCAGCGAUCCUACAAUUUGCCUCAGUGGAGGCAGCUUUGCGACCAGAGCGAACAUCAACCUCCUGCGAGGCGCGGUGAGCGCCGAGCGAAUGCCGACAAGCCAAAACCUACAACUCGCUCCCGGGCUGCGGCUGCGACGAUCAAAUCGGCCACACCUGCCGGUUCUAGCCCCGCGCGGCGUUCUGGCAGUGGCCGGGGACGGCGCGCUCGAGGCCGAGGAGGCGCCCGAGGCAAGGGCAAGAAGUCUGCCGCACAGGAGGAUACCGACGUUGAUGACCGACCGAUGACGCCUGAAUCUCCUAGGCCUGCAGACGACGAAAAGCAGGGCGAUGCCGUGGUGGAGUCCAUCGAACAGGACCCUGGUGUCAAGGUCGAGGACGAAGAAUGCGACGAAGAAACCCCUCGGCGGAUGGGCUUCAGCCGACAAGCAAAACCCAAGGUCCAGUCGACAUCAGCCCGGCGCAAGUACAGCAAGCGGGAAGGAUCCGCCAUGAUUGACGAGGAGGCAUUCAAGGAUUUCGACUACAACAUGGACAUCUCCGACUACACUCCUGAGCGAUGCGAGGAGCUGGAGCGGACAUACUGGAAGACUCUGACCUACGCAACACCACUGUACGGUGCUGAUCUCAUGGGCACCUUGUUCCAUGAGGAUACCGAGCUGUGGAACCUGAACAAGCUACCGAAUCUCCUGGAUGUCCUUGGCACAAAGGUUCCCGGUGUCAACACGGCCUACCUCUACCUGGGGAUGUGGAAAGCCACGUUCGCCUGGCACCUUGAGGAUGUUGACCUGUACAGCAUCAACUACCUCCAUUUCGGUGCCCCAAAACAGUGGUACAGCAUCUCACAGGCUGACGCUCGACGUUUCGAGGCAGCUAUGAAGAGUAUCUGGCCUACGGACGCAAAGGCUUGUGACCAAUUCCUGCGUCACAAAGCGUUUCUCAUCUCCCCAUCACAUCUCCAGCAGCACUACAACAUCAAGGUCAACAAGUGUUUGUCGUACCCCGGGGAAUUUGUCGUUACCUAUCCGUAUGGCUACCACUCUGGUUAUAACUUGGGCUAUAACUGUGCUGAGGCCGUCAAUUUCGCUCUGGAUUCAUGGUUGCCCAUGGGAAAGAUUGCCAAGAAAUGCGAAUGUGCUCAGGCGCAGGACAGCGUGUGGGUCGAUGUGUACGAGAUAGAGAGAAAGCUCCGUGGGGAGCCCACACCGGAGUAUUGGACAGAGGAGGAAGACGAAGACGACUCGGAUGAAGAUGAUGAGGAGGAUGAAGACAUGGCCGGUCUUCCCUCGCCUCCUGGUAGCCACACCGUCCGCAUCAAGGCUCCUGCUCGCAAGCGGAAGCAAGCGAAGAUCAGCAAGGACAAGCAAGAGAAAGCCAAGAAGCUUCGCCUGCGGGUCAAAGCCCACGUCGAGCCACCUUGCUGUCUAUGUCCGAACGACGUGCCUGGGGCCGAGAUCCUGGCAACCAGCGACGGCCGCAAAGCACACCGUCUCUGUGCACUGUACCUCCCAGAGACCUACAUCGAGACUGUCGACGGCAGCGAAACUGUUUUCAAUGUUGAGAACAUCCAAAAAGCCCGACUCGACCUCAAGUGUCUCUACUGUCGCUCGAAACGCGGCGCCUGCUUCCAGUGUUCGCAAAAGAAGUGCCCGCGCUCAUACCACGCCACAUGCGCCGCUGCUGCCGGUGUGUUUGUUGAGCAGGGUGACGUCCCAGUUUUCGACAAGGAUGGUACUGAGUAUAAGGAGGAGGCGUUCGAGUUCAGUUGCCGCUUCCACCGGACAAAGCGGGACAGACGUCUGGAUGGCGACGCAUUGGAGGAGAAUAGCCGCAUCAUGGACGCUGCCAAGGGCAUUAAGAAGAGCGAGAUUGUUCAGAUGCAAUACUACAAGAAGGAGAUAUUUGCUGGCGUUGUGGUUGAGAAUCGCUCAGACGAACAGACUCUACUUUUGGACGUCAUUCCAAACGGUGGCCGGAUUGAAGUUGAAUGGAAGUGGCUGCUUCUCCCGGACCCUGAAGAUUUCAAGCUUCCCAAGGCCUCCGCAAAUGCCUUGCCAAUGCCGACAUCUAGGAAGGCCAAGGAGGAGAUCAAUGCGAAGCGAUCCACGGAUGAGCCCCCAAGGGCCGGUGAUAUGUUUGUGGAAGGUCUCACACCAGGCAAGGACUUUGUCUGGUCAGAGUUCCACACUUGCGAGGCCUCCGAGUGUAGGAACAAGGCUCAAGUCAAGGUCGACUUUUCCAAAGAGAACCAAGUCUGGCACUAUCUGGGAAAGACAUCGACCGAGGCGAAGGCACAGUACACAGAAGAUCCACGAAAACCCCAGCACAACCCGAAAUGCAGCUUUCUUGAUAGCAUCCCUAAACCACCGCCGCCACCCAGGCCACACCACCAGUCGCCGUACAGCGCCAACCAGUCAUCAUCAUCACAGGCGAGACACUCUAUGCAAACGAAACCCGAGAAACCAUACGUGUACAAGCCUAGAAAACCGAUUGAUGCGUCGAUCGGUACCCCUUUCACCACACAAAACUUCAACCGGGGCACUACCCCGUCAGCAAACGGAGUACCUCCGUUGUCUUUCGGCACGGAUCCUCGGUUCUCUGCGGGACUUUAUGCUACGAACCAAUUCGCACCGAUUUCAGGGAGUAGUUCACAAGCCCAGAUUCAGCGUCAGGGCAGCGCCCUGUUUUUACCCAUGCCACCAUCACGACAAGCCCAGCAAUUUCAGCAAAGCCAACAAGCUCCGUCUGUUAACCCGGCGUGGUUGUCAAAUGCCCAAGCCAACAGCCCGAGGCCUCAGGCGAUACCAUUCCAGGCACCCCCACCUUCAAGGCAGCAGGGUGUCCCGACGCUCACUCCUUCUGCUGGCCAGCCACCAAACUUUCCAAUGCAGCGGCACAGAGCGCCCAUGCCACAACCUCCACAUUCGCAGGCUCAUGGGCCACAAGCUCACCUCCAGCAUGCACCACCUCCUGUUCCCCAGCACGCCUGGCAAAAGUUCUCCUUCUUCCAGGCGUACCACAACAGGGAGCCUUCGAGGUACAGGACCCCAUAUGCGCUUUGGGGCGGCUUCACCAACGGGUAUGAGGGCGAUCUACGGAAGCACCUGAUGAAGAAGCCGGAAUCGGCACCAUUUAGUAACCGCCGAUUGAGCUUCAACCUGGGCGGAGGGCUUCAGGGUCUCACCCGGCCACCAUCUCAUCGGUACUCCAACUCGGUCGGUUCUUCAAGGUCUUCGCCUUUCAGCGGUCCACGCGCCAGGUCACAGUCUGGCGCGGCCUCCCCUACCUCAUCAUUUGCGUCGGCCAUGUCGCCGCCACCAGUCCCCUCUCGGGGUCACCAACGCACACCGUCCGUCCCCUCCACUCCACUCCAUCCUGCAAUGAGACCGCAGUAUGCCUCGUCAUCGCAGAUGAAUUCUAAUUCAGGCCAGACCGGAGGAGGAAGUGCAGUAGGCUCACCUAAAAGUUCUUCCGUUGGAAUUGGCUUCCAGGGAGGGGCCAUACUAGUUGACGCACAUGCUUCCAAGGCAUCGAUGCCUCCUAUUUCACCAGCUGGGAUCCCCUCGCAGCAACCGACGUUUCUCAACACAUCACCGCAACCAGCUAUGCAAGUUGCCGCCACCACAACUGCAACGAUUCCAAUGGACGUGGAUCCCGAAACCAACGAGUCGCCUGCGCAGCAGCUAAAGCAGCAGUUACGACGUAUCUCUGACGCUACGGAGUCUCCAUUCCGUCUGCCCCGGAGCCGAGGCCACACCCCACGGUCAAGCGUGAACCAGCUUCCAAGACUGCAGGACCCCACUGAGACUCCAGACCUAUGGGACGGACGCAGGGCCUCGUCUGGAUCGACACAGACGACCACACCUUCAGAACUUGCUGCCAAUGGAGUGUCUGUGCGCGAAUUCCCGGAGACGGCUGACGAUAACAAGGCAUUUGUGGAGAAAAUGAUGUUGGAUCUGCGUAGGGCCAGUCAGAGUGCGGCUGAUGGUACCCUGAACGGGCUCGGGGAUGCUACAUCACCCGCCAACUCUUAAAAUCUGGGAGGUUUCUGGCAUGGAAGACGUCUGGAGCAAGGGCUGCGUUGAAGUAGCGCGGUUGUGGCCGGGGGUUCCAGGCCGCGACGCAUUCGACUGCGUUGAUGUGACUCCCAGUGUUCUUCGCACACACCGGGGCCGCAACACGCACUGAAUCAAGCAUUGGUAUACGGAGUUAAUAUGGGGGACUAGCAUAUUUUAGGGGUUAACGGAAGGUGCUUCUUAGAGCAGCCGUAUUAGCGUUGGCGAUAAAAGGGCCGCGCCAGGCGUAAAGGAAGAACCGCAAAGCAGUUGCAUCGGCGCUAUACUUGGCGUCAAUGGGGCACGAGGCCCGACAUGCUCCUACAUGUAGGACCAUCUCGCACGUGCGAUGCACAAAUGAAUGAUUGGUCAUAAAGCACUUUACUUUUGUGGGUUUAAUCUCAUUUGAGGUGAUGGGCUCACAGCUUUCGGGUAUCAGGCACGCUCCACGUGGUCCUUGAACGUCGCAUUGUGUCCCUGGUUUGCUCCGGGCGCGACGGCCACAAAUAAAUAAACGGCUGAAUAUAGGACGGGACUGGCUCGAGGAUUGGUUCGCCACUCCUCAAAAUAGAUUGCUGCGCAACGAUGCACAGCUUGAAUAGGUGUGCUGCAAUUGGAGGUGCAUUGAAUGUC